AUGAACUCGGUGGUGGUGCUAAUAGGCGGAGGCCAUGCGGCUGGAAAAAGAACAACCGCUAAUUGGAUAAAAGACGAUUUGGCCAAGAUGGUCACUGUUCCGUUGGAGAUCGAGGUCGUGGAUAUGGACGACUAUUGCACGAAGAAAUGCCUUUCUGUGGGUCAGGAACACGGCAAGAACUCUGCCAUCACCGUGGACUCCAGCCGAGCCGUGGCAUUGCUCAAACCGUCACGGUACGACUUCGUCAAGUUGCAGAAACACAUUGAAGACUCCAUUGCCUCGCUGUCGAGAACAAAGGUUAUCAUUGUUCAUGGUCUCUAUGCUCUUUAUGAGAAGGCCAUUCGGGAGCUCUCCCAAAUCAAGGUGUUUAUAAGUGGCGAUGCCGACACAAGGCUUAUCCGCUGGAUCCGCCGUGACGUGCUAGGAGAAACGAAAACUGCCGACCUAGAGAAUAUCAUCAACGCUUACCUCCAUGGAGCCAAGCAGGAGAUGAACGACUAUAUCUUCCCUACAAAGGAGCAGGCAGAUGUGAUCAUGCCACGUGGCGCUGAGCCAAACGCAAUUGCCUUGAUUGUGGAUGGCCUUCUUCCAUACUUGGGUCCCAACGAGAAGAUGUCUGAACCCACAAGCUCCAAUGUGUUGCGGCCAUCAGGCCACUCGUUCAAAAACGAAAAGUUUGACGCUCAGAAACGUAAGUACUACGAUGUGGCGUGA